ACAUGGCCUCUGUGCCACUUGAGAUACAACUCAGGUGCUGCAUUUGUCUGGACACCUUCACCGACCCCGUCUCCAUCCCGUGUGGACACAACUUCUGCUUGGACUGCAUCGAGGGCUUCUGGGACACCAAGAACCAGUCGCAGUGUCCGCUGUGCAAAGAGACAUUCAGGACACGUCCAACGCUCCGGAUCAACCGAGGAUUUGCGGACAUCGUUGAAAUAUUCAACAGGUCCCAGAUACAAGACCUAAUCCAAGAGGAGGACGAAGGGAAUCAUUACUCGCACCAGGUUAUACACGCAGAAGACGUUCCCUGUGAUAUCUGCCCCGGGAAUAAGUCGACAUCAGUCAAGUCGUGCCUCGUGUGUCAGACGUCAUACUGUGACCUUCACCUCGCGCCCCACCUGAGGGAUGCAGCGCUGCAGAGACACCGGCUGACAGACCCGGCCACUUUCUUCACCAGCCACCUCUGCAGGAAGCACAACAAGCCGCUGACCAUGUUCUGCAGGAAGGACCAGGCGCCCUUGUGUGAGGACUGCACAGAGAGGGAUCACAAACAACACAAGGUGGUCGUCAUAGAGAAAAUGAGCAAGAAGUUUAAGACUCGUUUGAGGGGAACCAAAACUGAAAUCCAGCAGAUGAUCCAUGCACGACUGACGAAAAUGGAGCAGAUGAAAAAUUCAGUGGAUCUAAGCAAAAAAAUCAAAGAGAGGGAAGUACUGCGCAGUGCCAAGGUUUGCUCCCUGUUGAUCGCCACCGUGGAGAGACACCAGGCCGAGCUGGAGGAGGAGUUGGCAGAGAGGCAGCAGGAGGCAGAGAGGAGAGUUGAGCAUCUGCUGGGUGAGCUGGAGCAGGAAAUCAAAGAUCUGCAGAACAGGAGCAACGAGCUGCAGCACCUGGAGCUCACGCAGAACCCUGUGCACCUCCUGCAGAGUUUCCCGUCUCUGAGCAGACUCCCGUCUACCAAAGAGUGGUCGGAGGUCACGGUGCACUCAGAUAACUUCAUGGGGACGGUGACCAAAGCCGUCUACAAGAUUGUGGAUCUCUGGCAACAACUCGCCGACAGACUUUCUGCAGAAGAGGCAGAACAGAUGCAUCAAUAUGCAGUUAACGUCACUCUGGAUCCUAACACUGCUUCGGGUUGGCUGGUCGUGUCUCCAGACAGAAAGAAGGUGCGCAGUCAAAUGAAGAAGGAUCCCGUCACGGACAAUCCUCAGAGAUUUGACGCCUGCGUCUGCUUGUUGGGUAAACAAAGCUUCAAAUCUGGAAGGCGCUACUGGGAAGUUCAGGUUGGAGAUAAGACCGACUGGGAUCUCGGCGUGGCAAGGGAGUCCAUCAACAGGAAGGGGGCCAUCUCAGUGAGUCCCAACAGCGGUUACUGGGCGAUUUGUCGGAGGAGAGGCGGCAGUCUCAGCGCGUGCGCCGGCCCCACCGUCAACCUCCAGCUUCAGGAAAUCCCCAAGAAAGUGGGCGUGUUCAUGGAUUACGACGCAGGGUCUGUGUCCUUCUACGACGCCGAUUCAAAGACUCACAUCUACACUUACAGCGGAUGUUCCUUCAACGAGCCCCUCUAUCCCUACUUUAACCCCUGUGUUCAAGACAAUGGAAAGAACACAGCCCCCUUGAUUAUCUGUCCUCUCGAGGAGCAGUACAUAACCGUUGAGUCAGAUGUUUGAUUUGAAAUAAAAUAGGAUUAUGUCAGGGAAGGUAGAGGGCAUUUUCAACCUAUUUUGGUUUGGACACAUUUAUUUUACUGUAUUAGUAUGUAACCAUCACUGGCCUGCAACAGGCUGAAACCACCGGAUAUUUCUGUUUUUAUGAUGCAGCAUUCAUUUUCUCUUCAAACAUUUGUAAAUGCUUGUUUUAUGAUAGCAGAUCUCGAAUGUAUAGCAAACGCUUUAUAUGUGAUGAAAGGAACUGUGAAAUCUAGAAACACGUAUUCUUUGAGAAGUUUAAGUGUGAACCUGAAAAAAACAGUCCUUUGAAAAAUAAAAAUAA